CUUAAUCGAAGAGCAAUAACUCCAAUUUGCAUACGAUCAAAGGGACGUAACUUUUGCAUUAGCUAUCACGUGACAACAAAGAUGGCGGACGGUGUUGAACCACCCCCAAUGGAUGAGGAAGAGGAUCAAAAGAGUGAUGACGAGUUGUUUCCCGAGACCAAAAAAAAAAUACAACCGAAUUUAAACUCUGAGGACCUGUUUGCUGAUGAACCCCCAAGUCUGCCUGUCACAACAGAUAAAGCACACGUGAACAACACAGAGGAUGAUCUGUUCGGCAGUACUGCUGCCAACACUGAGGUGAAGUUAGAUGAUUCCGAUGAAGAGGAGGAAGUUCCUCCUGUAGCCAGUGCACCGGAACCAGAACCUUCUAAAGCUGAUGCUCCUGUACUGGAGGAAACUAAGAAAGAAGAAAAACCACCCGUUCUUGUGUCUCACUCCUCCACCGCGGUAUCCAAAAGUUCCGGGGAUGCCAGACAAUCAAAGGAUGAGCCUGAGGAAGAGGAAACUGACCAGUUCACAAUGGAAAUCAGUGUUAUCGACCCAUGCAAGAUGGGAGACGGCAUGGGCGCCUACAUGGUGUAUAAAGUAAAAACCAAGACAAGCAUUCCAGCUUUCCGAAAACCCGAACUUGUGGUUACUCGGCGAUUUAGUGAUUUCCUUGGUUUACAUUCAAGAUUACAAGAGAAGCACGCUCACUUGGGAAUCAUCGUACCCCCAGCUCCUGAAAAAAGUGUUCUUGGAAUGACAAAAAUUAAGAUGUCUAAAGAAGAAUCAGGAUCAUCAGAUUUUGUAGAAAGACGUAGAGCUGCUCUGGAACGAUAUCUGAGUAGAACAGCACAGCACCCAGUUCUGAGGACGGACCCUGACGUUCAGGAAUUCCUGGAGCGCGACGGCGACCUUCCUAAAUCAACGAGUACAUCGGCACUGAGUGGUGCCGGCGUCAUGAGGCUAUUCCACAAGAUGGGAGACGCUGUCGAGAAGAUCACUUUCAAAAUGGACGAAAACGAUGAGUGGACCUACGAGAUGCAGUGGUUUGAGGAAAAACAACAACAGAUAGAAGCUUUGGAUCAACAGCUUCGUAAGCUCCAUGCCAGUGUCGAGGCCUUGUCGAUGCACAGGCGAGAGUUGAGUCUGUCGACGGCUGUGUUUGCCAAGAGUGCUGCGAUGCUGGGCAGCGUGGAGGAACACACGGCACUGUCGCGGGCUCUCUCCCAGCUGGCGGAGACCGAGGAGAAGAUUGAACAGCUGCACAAGGAGCAGGCCGAUAUGGAUUUUUUCACGAUGGCCGAGCUCAUGAAGGAUUACGUCUCUCUGCUCGGUGCCGUCAGGGAGGUGUUUCACGACCGUGUUAAAAUCUACAAGAACUGGAAGGAAGCGGAAUCCAUGCUCAUGAAGAAGAGAGACGCAAAAGCUAAACUUGAAAUUCAGCAUAAGUCGGAGAAGGUACCACAGGCCCAGCAAGAAAUCACAGAGUGGGAAGAGAAGGUAGAGAAGGGCCAGGAGGAAUUUGAGAAGAUGUCCAGUACUGUAAGGAAGGAGAUUGCUAGGUUUGAGAAAUACAGAGUGAUUGACUUUAAAAACAGUGUUGUUAAAUACCUGGAGGCUUUCAUGGAAGGCCAACAAAAGCUAAUCAAAUACUGGGAGGCCUUCUUGCCAGAAGCGAAAGCAAUAGCCUGAGAAAGUUGCUAUCUGACAUCACAAAAUUAUGUAUUUAUUAACAAAUGAUUAUAUAUUACCACAUUUUCCUGUCCAUGGUACCCUACAUAAUUAUGGUAGUUCACACCUUCUGCAGUCACUUUGAUCAAACUGUAAAUUGUUUUGUCACAGACAUUAAAUUGUUUUGCUAUAAAAUAGUCAAAGACUCCUUGUAGCACAAAGUAUUAAGUUCAUGUAGCACAGAGUAUUAAUUUCAUACAGCACAGUGCUAUGUUCCUGUAGCACAGAGUUAUAUUCUCGUCACACUGUUGUAUUUGUAGCACCGAUGUCAUGGCAGUGUCAUUUGUGUGGCAUCAUCACUUUGUAGCAAAGCUUAAAGCUUUGCUCACAUACACAUGAAUAGGAACCCGAUUAUGCAACAUGGGAUGGGAUCUGAUAAUCGCACGUAGUUUUCACAAACGUAUGGUUAUAAAUCCAAUACACAUACAGUAACAAGUGUUUCCAAAUAAAACUAGCACGAUACAGGUGUGUGUAUGUGCAGUGGGGGGGGGGGGGGGGGGGGGGGGGGGGGGGGGGGGGGGGGGGGGGGGGGGGGGGGUGGGGGGGGGGGGGGGUUUGGGGUUGAAAAUCUCCCCUGCUCAAAAGACCUUUUCUUUUCUUAAAAAUAUUUUUUUCUGGGGUCUCAUGACCUGAACCCCCAAAAAACUUUCCUCACCACUGUCUAUAGACCCCCUGCACAGGCGGAUCUAGGGGGCUCCCCCCCUAAAUUUUGCGAGUUAUAAUUUUAUUAUAUACAUGUAUUGUUUUUUUGUUUUUUUAUGAUCCCCUCCAAACCUCCCCCAAAGUUCCCUUGGCAUUCCACCUCAUGUCUUUGGGGCCCCCCCAUAAUGGAUUUUCUGGAUCCGCCACUUCCCUGCAUACUUUGGUGUCUGGAUAUAGCUUCAUGGGGUGAUUAAAAGAAUUACGGCCAUAUCUGUGUGCUUAUCAAGACAUACGAAAAACACCUCCACUGAAAACAACAGUUAGCGAUUCUUACCAUAUUCUUAUUCGUAUCCGUGUAUAUGUGGUCAUAGCUUUACUUUGGUAGCAUUGUUGUCUUUUUGUUGCAUUACCAUAAAAUGUAACAUCCGUGUAGCAGUGUUACGUUUUGUGGCUAUCGUUGUCAGUAUUGUAGGGAUAAUCGGAGAGGAAAAUCUUUGUGGAAUUUUCUAUUUCAGUGCUAUCUGAAAAACCCACUUCCUGUUCUUUGAUGAAACGCUGACAAAACCCCUUACUUUUCAUUAACCAAAGUUUUUUUCGAUUUGUUUCAUCCAAAACCAGUUUUAUGUUUAGAAAUUUAAUUUUUAUACAUUUGUCAGUCUGCAAAAGGUUCAACUUAAUGAAUGAGUUUGAGAUUUAUUUUGUUUUUAAAUAAAGGAACAGGUUUGUAAUAAAAGCAAUUAAUAUGGUACAUUACCACAUUAACCAAAAAAAAAAUAUUUAGAGGUUCUACAUUUUAUUUGUGUAUGAAUAUUAGAAACCUUCCAUUACAACCGUUGUUUUAACCCGUUAUUUUGUUUUUUAGUUCUGAAAUAAAGAUUUCAGUGCUACUUUAGUUUACUUAAAUGGUGAAGUGAAAUUAAGAUCCCUACUGGAAUAUGUAGAUUUACAGUAAACAUGUAACCCAUGAACCCACUUUGUAUAUAACAUGAGCUUUAUCAGGAUUAAACCUCUACCAAAUAGCACUUGUUUAACACUUCAAAUGUCCUGAUUGUUUUAAUAGGGUCAACAUCUGAAUUACAAUGAUAUACAUUGUUCUGGUGUGAUUUAAUGUUCCAUCUCAUGGUGUAUGUAUUUUUCACAUCCGAUAUUAGAUGUACAACUGUAACAUAAAUAUAUUAUUAAACAUGAUUAACCUAAAACUACUCUUGUUCCAUCUCAUUUUCCAAGUCCUUGGCAAGACUGAUGUGAAUUACUCAGAAAUGGUAGUUCUGUUUAAGAGCAUUGACCCUGUCUGACUGGGCGAAAAGCUGUCAAUUGGUAGGUGCUGCAGGUCCAUAGGACCUGGGGGUGGAGGAGAGGGUGUGUGGAUAAAUAUGCUUUUUAUCCUACUCAAUAUAAAGAUUAAAAUAUGGUUUGUGCCCUCCCUCCCCCCACUAGAACCAUGCCCCAUCCACUACAGAUUGUGCCCAAUCACUCCAGAACUGCCCACCCAGAGCAAGUUUUAAUGGUUCAGUGAGAAGGUUCUCUCUUGCUAACCAUCAACGGUUAACCUCUAACCCACCGUCAUGGAUUAACAGUCUGGAUAGCGGAGGUAUCAAUACAUGACAGCAUGCUUGAGCUACAAGAGGAGGCAGGGGACACUUUAUCCAAUAUGACAGUGCAAAUCACUGCAAAUUUCAGAGAUUGCUACACAAUUCUAAAAUGUUAAAUAGUAGUUGCUACUCAACUAUUGCUAAUGAAACUUUUGAACUGGAAAUGAUAAUAGUUCAAAAAUAAAUAAAGAUAUUGAAAGAAAGAAAUGGAUGAUCCAUCAUCCCAGGUGAACCUACAGCUGAGUAAGUGAGUGAAAGAUCACUGCAUCAGCUUAGGGGUAUUUAAUAUUCUGUUCUGGUGCACUAAAACAUACUCCUAAACGUUUCGAAGGAGCAAGAAAGUUUUGCUAAUGGAUUCCUGUGUUCAAAUCCCACACUACAUGUACCUCGCCUGGUGGUGUGAUGGGAAUGGAUUCUCAGCAGUUUGUGAACACAGUUUUGAAAAUACACAAACUUUUAUCACAAAUGUUCUCAGUGCAGUUGACUGAGUAACUGAGUAAUAGGACAAGGAAAGUCAGUGGUGUGAAUUUUCUUCACUUUAAAAAAAAAAAAAAAAUCAGAUUCCACCUUUUUUUCUUUUCUUUUUUUGCAUAAAAUAAGUUUUACAAAAUGUACGUAAUUUGAUUUGAAGUGCAGAAGAAUUUUCUUUAUUUGAAUGUGGUUUAGAAUUUACAGCUUUUAAAAGAUUAUUUAUAUUUUUAUUUUUGAUAAAAAUGUCUGGACGAUAUACUGGAACAUUAAUUAUGUACAUGUGUUUAUGCACAAAAAUUAAUGAAAUGACUAGUUAAUGGGCAUUAAAAUGCUUCACAAAUAUGAAUAAACCAUUAUCAUCAAAUAAUAGGCAUUAAAAUACUUCACAAAUAUGAAUAAACCAUUAUUAUCAUCAAAUAAUCGGCAUUAAAAUACUUCACAAAUAUGAAUAAACCAUUAUUAUCAUCAAAUAAUCGGCAUUAAAAUACUUCACAAAUAUGAAUAAACCAUUAUUAUCAUCAAAUAAUCAGCAUUAAAAUACUUCACAAAUAUGAAUAAACCAUUAUUAUCAUCAAAUAAUCGGCAUUAAAAUACUUCACAAAUAUGAAUAAACCAUUAUUAUCAUCAAAUAAUAGGCACUAAAAUACUUCACAAAUAUGAAUAGCCUAAACCAUUAUAAUAAAAUACUCCUUUUCUGAAACAUUUUUCUCUCAAGUUUUUUUUUUAACCUGUAGAAGUGUAUUUAAAAAAAAUGUACAUCCUUAUACAGAUGUAGGUUGGAUAAAACCAUUCAUAUGUGUACUCUUUUUAUUCAUAUAUAAGUGAUUGAUGUAUUUUUUUGGCAUUUAAUGCUGAUAAUGACAGGUUUUUUUUUUUUUUACUUCAUGGUGAUUGUGGUUAGUGAUUAAUUUCAGUGUUUUUGUUCUUAUGAAAGUUACUGUAGCUCUAUAAAAUUAUUUGUUAAUUUUGUAUAUUUGUACAGAUACAUGUACAUAUAAUAGAUCACUAUAUUUGUACAGAUACAUGUACAUAUAAUAGAUCACUUUAGUAAGCAUAUUAUGGAUAUCAUUGCUACAAGUUUGAUGUCAAACUCACAUAUGACUGCAUUCCUCAUAUCUGUUUGAACAAGCUCAUGAGAAAUUGCUAUAAUAUACAAAUUUCAUUUAAUUUCAACUUAUUUUUGUGCUUAUAUCCAAUUAAGGUUCAAGUCUGUUGUCUUGGGCACACACCUCAGCUAUCUGGGCUGUCUGUCCAGGUUAGUGAGAGAGAAGAGGGUGUAGUGGUCUUACACCUACCCAUUGAGUCGUUAAAUCUCGCUCUGGGUGGGAACCGGUACUGGGCUGCGAAACGUGUACCUACCAGCCUUGUGCCCGAUGCCUUUACCACAACACCAUCAAGGCCAGUGCAAAUGUAUAUAAAUUGGUCAUGGAAUUAAGUUUAAUAUGAUCAUCUUGGUAUUUUUGGUAAUGUGUUUUGUUCACCUUUUUUUUUUCAUCACGUCUACAUGUUUACAAGAGGCAAUUGGUCUUUAACUGUAAACUAAUUAGUCCUAAGAAAUUGUUGUCAAGAUGAAAUUUGUUUACAAUUCAAUAAUUCAACAACAGAAAUCAAAAGCACCAUAUUUACUUGGCCUAUACACAAGAUAACAAAUUAUUUUAAUUCAUAUGGUUGUCAUAGUAUUUAAUAGUAAUGAACCUAGUAACUGAAAGUACAUGUACUAACUUUUUUUUAAUAUUUCCUACCCAUAUCAGACUAAUAAAAAUUAACCUUUUGCCAUUUUAAAAAAAAAAAAAAAGCUAUUCCUGUAUAUAAGAUAAAAAUUAAAGUAACCCCCCCAAAAAAAAACCCACACCCCCACCUCCCCACCAAAAAAAAAAAAAAAAGCCACAGAAAACAACUAAACUAUUAGAUGGUAGUCUGAAUUUUAAUUAUUUUGUUUCUAUAAUCAUUACAUUCCAGACCAUUGUUAGUUAGAUAAAAAUUAAACUGUUAUUUAAAGCUACAUGUAGAUCAAUGUUUCAUGAUUUUAGAAUACCUACAUAUAUUUCGGUAUAAACCUCCACUAUGUGUGUUCGUGGAAAUUAGCUGAUGAUAAUUAAUAUAUUACCAUCUUUACAUAGUGUUGAACACAUGAAGAUAGAAUUAGAAGAUUUUUACUAUAUGUUCUGUAAUGAUCUGUUGGAAUAAUGUGUUUUUAGAAAAUGAAUACAUCAAUGUGACUUGAUUCUGUAAAAACCAAUGGGCAUUCAGAUGUAUUUGAAAUUAAAAAUAUCAACUUUA